CUUUAUUCUGUAUCAACAAAACUCGAUAUUCAUACGCGUACCGGUCAGCCUCUGGUCCGCGGCGUUCCUUCCAAACCACGAAAAGCAACGUCUAGGGCUCGAGCCUCGUGUCCACUCUCAUCAACCUCAGAUUCUGAAUCCAAUUCUUCAAGACGCAUUGACUUCAUAGGCAACAGAUCUUAAUUUCGCUCUCUCUACAAUGGACGAGUCCUACCCAAGCCUCCCCACCAGUCAUCUGCUUGGUUCGGUUCCUGCUGCGAUCAACGAAGAAAAGAAUGCUUCAAACUAUGAGGUCCCUGGAGCAAAUAUGCAAAUAUUCCCUCCCAAUAAUGGAGGAGAAAGAGGGAAGGGUUAUCAAACUCUUGGAAGUCCACCUGAAGGAUUUGAGCAACAACCGGAAAAUGGCUCGAAAGGGGUGUUUAGUAUCUCAUCAUACACACAAUAUUUCAAUGUCGAUACAGACAUUGUCUUAAACAGACUGAUGAGUUCUUUGUAUCCCAUUGGCGGAGACUUUUUUAGCAAGAUUGAUGCUAACCCUGACCUAUAUGGGCUAAUCUGGAUAUCCACUACAUUGGUAUUUAUGCUUGCUGCUUUUGGAAAUUGUGCCACCUACCUCAUGGAGAAACACAGUGACAGCACUACUUCAUGGAGCUUUGAUGUCAGCUACAUAAAUUUGGCAGCAGGUUCAGUCUAUGGCUAUGCAAUUGUGGUGCCAGUGGCAUUUUACUUCUUGCUCCAGUAUCUAGGUUCAAAUGCCAGCCUUGUUCGGUUUUGGUGCUUGUGGGGAUAUUCUCUCUUUGUUUUUGUUCUGGCCUCGGGUGAUUGGUGGACAAUGAACACCAAGAAGUCGCCCUGAAAAGAUUGAUGAUCAUCUAGGGGAAUCCAAUACUCAUGCUUUGGAAUAUUUUUCAGUUUUUGUUGCUCAUCCCGGUCGAGUUUCUUCGGUGGAUCGUUAUAAUUCUUGCUGGUUCUGCCUCAGCAUGCUUUGUAGCCUUGAAUCUCAGGUCUUAUAUAGCGGAAAAUCUUUCAUUGAUGGUGGUUGCUGCAUUUUUCUUGCAAUUUGCUUUGGCAAUCUUCAUCAAGGUCUGGUUCUUCCCAUGAGCUCAUGCAGUGGGGCCUGUGCGGUGACCAGAUCUGAAACCAGUGUUUCCUUUGGUCGAGAGAUGGGGAAUUCGUCUGGAAGGAGAGUUACUGUGUGUUGGGAUUACUCUUAAUCACUUGGUUGCAUUUGUGAUUUAGUAAAGAGUCUUGAGCCAUAGAAAGGGAGAGAAUUCUGAGGAGUUUAGUACCUUUGAUGAGUGGUAGUGUUUUUAGGCAUUGGUUUCGGAAACACCAACACUAUCCAGAGGAGAGAACGAAAUCAUUGAAAUUUACCACGCUUUGACCUUGUAUAGAUAUACUCUUUAUCUUAAUACUGUCGAGCAGCAAGCAUUCAAGGCAAAUAUAAUUAUUAACAAAGCUUGUGCUCGGAGCUUAUGGGCUAAGCUUGUCCGAGCGUAAAUGAGCUAGAUUUUAGUCAUUGACUACGAAAGUAGCCAGAAAUCAAAUGGCAAGUCCAUCAAACAGUGGUAGCGCAACUAUCUUCAGUAAUGACUUCAAUAAACGCAAAAUAGAUUACUUCCCCUGCGAACAGAGGGGAAAGUGAAAUCUCGACAAGGUGAAGUAAGCGCAUGCAACCUUUCUCUUGACACAAUUCCCUCCAAUCGGGUCCCAACCCCGCGGAGAUUUACAAAAGCACCUAUUGAGUACUGACCCCACCGGCCCACCCCCUGCUAUGUCGGGCUCACAAGUGGAGUUCCGACCGUCAUCACAGUCGCCCUGGACUUGCUAACCGGUUCUUGUAUGUGGCAACGCUCACUGGGCCUCCAAACUCGGUUCAGGCCACCCUUCCAAGUUCCACCUGCAAGCUAGCGUCCAAGUCGACGAAACUAAUUUAUGUGGGAUGUCGACGACCAACCGCCCUGAACGUACAGACCUCGCAUGAAGCCGCCGGAGGUCCAUUAUCGGGGGCAUACACGUGGCACAAGCUCGUCGGCAACCAAUUCAACGUCAAGCGGAGGAUACAUUUCGAACUGUUGACGUAUAGGAUGGUAUCGCGGCGUGUGACUUUGAAGCGUAGGAUGCUGUUGAGCUGGACGCCUUGUGGACGAGAUCCGAUGUGACGCAGGUGUUGGGCAGGGAGUCUGCUUGCCUGAUAAGGAAAACUGUGGUUCAGAUUUUCUUGCUGGUAGAUUAGUGGUCACAAACGUAAAGAGAAAUUUUAAUUUUUACCAAUGUUUUUCUUGUCCGGACUUUAAUGGUGUCUGAACACCACCGAUCAAACCCAAAAGCACCCAUGAAAAAUGAAAAAAUUCGCACACGCGCGACACGAUCUAUAAACAAAUCCAGAUUUUGUCGCCACCUUACCAAACUCAAAAGGCCGUGCGCCGCCUGUUGUCUUCUUCACAAACAUUAUAAUCUACUUCGUAUCGAUCAGCAAUUUCGUGCACUCGCCAAUGCCAAAAUGCCACAUCACAAAAAAUUUAGCACUAAAAUUUCUCCGAGAAAAACGGCUCUUCUUUCUGUACAUGGCGUCCGGCCAUUAGUCAUUUAUUUUUAGGGAAAAGAUAGUAUUGAGAGCUUUUAAGCAGCUCGGCUCAUGGCCGGUAUUACGUAGUAUCUCGGACAUCUACUGAAACCUAAAACGCUAUCAAGAAGCUGCGCCCUCCGAGUCCUCGUACUCGUGGACUGAAUUGGACUCGCGCUCGGAACUCUGUGUGCUCCUACUUGGGCGGGAUGGAUCGUUCUCGAGAUUUCAUGAAAGACGUCAAGCGCCUCGUUGUCAAGGUGUGACAUUAUAUGGAGGACCGAGGGCAAGCUCCUUUCUGAAUAUUCCAGAGGCCCGGUCAUUUCAUUUUCAUCACGAGUACAAUUCAAUGGUUUGCACUGUGGUUCAUGGAUGAUGUAUAUGCAGCAAUCAAUCAUAUCCAUCAACUUGGGAGGCAUGUUAGCAUUUUCAUUUUAAUACGAAACUUCUCUCUCUCUCUGUCUGUGUGCACACAUCUAUAGUUUCUCAAGAUUGGGAAAUAUCUGUUUAUUUUUCUCCUAUUUUGGGCGUGCGCAUAUUGAUUGUAUCAUUGCAGAAGACCAUGCACUUGCUGAAGUUUUUCUACCUCAAGUUGACAGGUUGGAAUAUGUGUGUACAUGAACAGAUAUAGUGCCUCUGUGUUCCGAUUCUUUGUUUUAUUUAAACUAUUGAAUUCCAUAUGCCAAAAUUUGUUGGUAGUGCUGCUGUUUUCCGCAAUGCAAGUACCAGAUUUUGUGAUGGGGCUCAAUUCGGACUCGGUGCAGAGGCGUGUCAUCAUUUGUCAAAUUUCUUUGAAAAUGAGUUGUCAUUAUUCUUGUAUUUGAUUCUCUUCAAUGGCUGAAUAGGUUGGGAUAAGCACAAGCCGCAUUCAUGCUCGGGAAGUCAGGGUCCAGUAGGAGUUGAAGGAUUGCUAGCAACACGAUGGUAUGAACUCUACUGAUUUUUGUUGGUGAAUGUAAUAACUUGAAAAUUCUCUCAUUUUGGCCCUUCAGUGAACUACAGUCUACACGAGAAACGGAGAAAGGUAAACGAUGCAGGUCCACAAACAGCAUGUCUUAGCAGGAAAUCUAAAUGGGUAAUAAAUAUGUUUUGCCACCUUAAAAAAUAUUGCCUUGUUUGUUGCAAAUGCUGGAUUCUCAGGGGAAGUGGACAAGUGGCUGAUGGUGAUAAAGGGGUAGUUUACACCUACAAGGACCUCACAAACAAGUCCUGAGUCCCGAGUCCAUGGCAACGUAUUCACCCAAUAUCCGUCGUGUGUCGUGUGAUAUCCUUUCCUUUCCUUUCCCUAGUUUAACUGAACUUGGCAAAUAAAAUAGCGGACCAUGAUGAAUCAUCCCUUUUUGGCCUGAUAA